AUGCCGGGCCCCUCGACGCCAGUCGUUUGCACUGGAUUGAAGGUAGGACCAUCGCCCAACGCCGACUGGCUCAACGACCAGCUCGCCAUCUUCGUCCGCCGGGACAAGCGCCGCGCGCUCUUCCUCGAGUCGGUACAGCAAGGCAUCAUCCUGUACGAGGGCGACAAUCUGCUCGUCUACGCGGGCCGCCUCGACUGGGCGCUGGAGCGCAAGGUGCGGCGCGUCGCGCACGCGAAGGACCGCCGGCGGGAUAAGAACGUCGACACGACGGACGCGGCGGCCAUCAUCAAGCUGAUGACGAGCCGCGACGAGUACGACACCCCGCUGACGUUUGAAUUCGGGUUUGACGUUCCACCGAGUGACGAGGCCAUCCGGCAGGUGGCGAGGUACUAUAAAGAAACGUACGGCGACGGCGGAAUCACGGAGGAGUGA